AUGGCACGCACCAAGGGUGCCCCUUUUCUCCCCUCUUUUUUUGCCUUAUCCCUCGAACCCCUCUUACAGGCAAUUCGCCUCAAUCAUCGCAUCGACGGCAAAAGAGUUAGGGGAACAAAAUACAAAGUGGCAGCCUAUGCCAAUGACAUACUCCUCACACUCACCAACCUGACCACCUCUGUACCACAGAUACUAACCCUUAUAGAUGAAUAUGCGAACCUCUCUGACUACAAAUCAAAUCAACAAAUCAACUUCUCAAAAUCCGAAUACACCUCAUUCCUCUCACCACUAACACCAAUACUGCGCAACAAAUUGUGCCCGUCUGGCCAAACAGCGCAACAGUUCCACAACUAUUAA